UUGUAGGCCCAGCUGUGGAGACCCCUGAGAAGCCCCAACUGAAGAGACAGGUGGUGAGAAUGAAAGUGACCCCGAAGGAUCAAAAUCUGAACCUCAGUGAUCCUGCUGUUCAGGACGUCAUCUUACAACAGAUAAGGAACAAGCUGAAGGAGCAGGGGUUACCUGCAGACACCAAAGUGACAUGGAAAAAGCAGCCUGAUGGGAAGGUCUUCCACAAGGAGGAAGAGGGGUCUCCCAAGAAAGAAGAGGAGGAGAAGAAGAUGAAGAGGAUGAUGACAAAGAGAGAACUCUAGUUAUGUAAAAUGUUCUCCUUUAAUUUCUCUUUUUUAGUUAUAUUAAUUCUCUGUACUGGGAUGUAUUUUUUCACCCUAAAUAAAUGUGUUUUAUUAAAUAAAUUGUUUAAGU